GCCGCCAAGUACGGUCCCACUGAUUGUGAAAUCCGCUUUGAUAACGAAUUUUAACACCAGAAUUUCUAGGAUUCCAUAACAAUGCAGAAAGUGCUGGGACGCAUCCAGGCGCAGGUCCUCCGCUCCCGGGCGACGAAUGCAGUGGCCAAUGUAGUGAGACACGAGGCAACCUCCUCCAGGACAGCGGCUAAACCAGCCGCCACAUCCAAAGAAUUCCGGGAGAGACAGGUGCGAUUCAACAUAAAGAAUGAACAGACCGAGGGCAGGCCCCUGUAUCUGGAUGCCCAGGCCACCACUCCAAUGGACCCACGUGUGUUGGACGCCAUGCUUCCCUAUCUGACCAACUACUAUGGAAAUCCCCACUCGCGGACCCACGCCUACGGCUGGGAAACAGAGACGGCAGUAGAGAAAGCCCGCGAGCAGGUGGCCACCUUGAUUGGCGCCGAUCCCAAGGAGAUCAUCUUCACAUCCGGCGCUACCGAGUCAAAUAAUAUAUCAGUAAAGGGGGUGGCCCGUUUUUACGGCACUAAGAAGCGGCACGUGAUCACCACCCAGACGGAGCACAAGUGUGUGCUGGACUCUUGCCGUGCUUUGGAAAACGAGGGCUUUAAAGUCACCUACCUGCCAGUGCUGGCCAACGGACUCAUCGACCUCCAGCAACUGGAGGAAACCAUCACAACGGAGACCUCGCUGGUGUCUAUAAUGACGGUUAAUAACGAAAUCGGUGUCCGGCAGCCCAUCGACGAGAUUGGCAAACUGUGCCGGUCUCGCCGAGUAUUCUUUCACACGGAUGCCGCCCAGGCUGUGGGAAAGAUCCCGCUGGACGUUAACGCCAUGAACAUUGAUUUGAUGUCCAUAUCGGGCCACAAAAUCUACGGCCCGAAGGGUGUUGGCGCCCUUUAUGUCCGACGAAGGCCGAGGGUUCGCCUGGAGCCCAUCCAAAGUGGAGGCGGCCAGGAGCGUGGCUUAAGGAGCGGAACUGUUCCAGCCCCGCUGGCCGUAGGAUUGGGAGCUGCUGCGGAACUGGCUCUGCGGGAGAUGGACUACGACAAGAAAUGGGUGGACUUUCUAUCCAAUCGCCUGCUGGACAGGAUUUCAAGUGCCUUGCCGCAUGUCAUAAGGAAUGGUGAUGCCAAAGCCACAUACAAUGGGUGCCUGAAUUUGUCGUUUGCCUAUGUCGAGGGCGAGUCCCUUUUGAUGGCCCUUAAGGAUGUGGCCCUCAGCAGUGGUUCCGCCUGCACCUCCGCCUCCCUGGAGCCAUCCUACGUUCUGCGGGCCAUCGGCACCGACGAGGAUCUUGCCCACAGCUCCAUACGCUUUGGCAUCGGUCGCUUCACCACUGUCGAGGAGGUGGAUUACACCGCCGACAAGUGCAUCAAACAUGUGGAGCGUCUGCGCGAGAUGUCGCCGCUGUGGGAGAUGGUCCAAGAGGGCAUCGAUCUAAAGACCAUCCAAUGGUCGCAGCAUUAAUGUACUAAUAUUUAAGCCGUUACUGUUACACCACACUUUGAAAGCGAAGGGAAAAUAAAUUAGUUGGAAGAGUA